AUGAUACAAAAGAAAGCAGCAGAACGCUUUUGUCAAUACGUGAAUUCGUCUACUGAUCCAUUUCACGCAACGCACAGCGCAGUACAGCAGCUGGAGAGAGCAGGUUUCAAGAAGCUCAGUGAGCACGCUUCUUGGAAUGGGCAACUUCAGGCCGGCUCCAAAUACUAUUUCACCCGCAACCAAAGCUCCGUCAUCGCAUUCACCCUCGGUGCCAAGUACAACGGCAGCGGCGGUCUCAGUGUUAUUGGUGCACACACAGACUCACCAAAUCUGAGAGUUAAACCGGUGUCCAAUAGAGUCGCCCAAGCUUAUCUCCAAGUCAAAUGCGAGACGUACGGAGGCGGUAUUUGGCACACGUGGUUCGACAGAGAUUUGGGUAUUAGUGGACGCGUAAUAGUACAGGAAAGCGAAUCAUCACCUAAAUUUAUAAGUAGGCUCGUUAAGAUUGAUAAACCAAUACUGAGGAUACCAUCAUUGGCUAUUCAUUUGGACCGAGAGGUUAACCCAUUCAAAUUCAAUGCAGAAACUCAUCUUACGCCUAUUCUCGGUCUCGUGAAUGAACAGUUGAACUCAGCUGAGGCCGUCGAUGCAAUGAAGUCCCAGCAUCUCUACGACUCGCACCCAGUCGAGAAACACCACCCAAUAAUGUUAAAAGCUAUAGCUAAGGAGCUCAAUGUCGAAGUUUCUCAAAUCCAAGACUUUGAACUGAAUUUAUUCGACACCCAAAAAGCGACUUUGGGAGGUAUUAAUGACGACUUCAUUUACUCAUCUCGCCAAGACAACUUGCUGUCUUGUUUUGCUGGUGUAGAAGCGCUGGUCGAAUCUUCCAAGAAUCUGGAGAACGACGAUAGGGUUAGCUGUCUGUGCCUAUUUGAUCACGAGGAAGUAGGGAGUGCAUCCACAUCCGGUGCUGACGGCUCACUCUUGCCUGACUUGAUACAUAGACUAAGUUCGGAGCUGAGCAAGUCCAACCACGCCAAAGCAUCUUUCGAAGAAAUCACUGCUAGAUCAUACAUCAUCUCUGCGGAUAUGGCUCAUGCUGUACAUCCAAACUACGCAGAAAAGCACGACGACCUGCUCAGGCCCAAGAUGGGAGGUGGUGUUGUAGUGAAAACCAACGUCAAACAGCGCUACGCAACCAACUCAAUCACUUCAUUCUUGUUGAGCAGAUUAGCUGAAAUAGCUAAAGUCCCUUUGCAGCAUUUCAGCGUCAGAAACGAUAUACCCUGUGGAUCAACCAUCGCACCUAUGCUAGCUAGCAAGACUGGUAUUCAAACUGUAGACAUUGGCUUGCCACAGCUGGCUAUGCACUCGAUACGCGAAGUAAGUGGAAGUGAGGAUACCCAGCACCUCAUCAACCUCUUCACACCUCAAUUGUUGUAG